AUGAAGGGAGGGAAGAAUGGAGAGAAAACGAUGGGGCCCUUGUUUCCUAGGAUUCAUUUAAAUGAUACUGAUAAGGGGGGCCCAAGAGCCCCUCCAAGGAACAAGAUGGCCCUUUACGAGCAGCUUAGUAUCCCUUCUCAUAGAUUCAGUCGUCUAUCGUCCAACCUGAAUUCGAGCCAGGGCAGUGUGAGUGACAAAGGCCCAUAUUUCUCUCAUCCAUUGCCCCCAGAGAACCCUCACGCGAGGCAAUAUGCCCAGCACUCGGACUUAAGCAUACCAUCACCACAAGUCGAGCAGGCUGAUAAACUGGAUCAAGAUGAUUUUUCAGUUCCUAUUUUCACCCGCCCUGUAUCUAAUAAAAACCAAGAAAAGCCCUCGGCCUCCAGUCCUACUCAUAAUCAUCAUCCGUUGAAAUCACAAACAGAUAAAGACACUGGCACGCCUGAACACAACACAUCUCGAGAAAGUGAAAAUAAAAAUGGGGAAAUUUUUGAAAAUUGUAGCCUGUUGGAUGAUAUUGCUGCCGGUGAUCUUUGUAACGGCCCAAGUCGGAAUGUGAACUUGGAGAGGGGAGACUCAGUUUCUGAGGAUUCGGUUUUGGACGUUGUGUGUGAAGUGAAUUUGACGCCCGAUGAUGUCGUGGGGGUAAUAGGGCAGAAGCAUUUUUGGAACGCCAGACGAGCUAUCGUUAAUCAACAGAGAGUUUUUGCAGUUCAAGUAUUCGAGCUGCAUCGACUUAUAAAGGUCCAAAGAUCAAUCGCUGCGGCCCCACAACUCUUGAUCGAGGACUCUGCUUAUGUUAUCAAGCCCGCGAAGCCUUUGCCUACGAAAAAACGCUCAUUAGAUAACACUCUCAAAUCAAAUCAAAAUGAGCCCAUACAGAAAACCGAGCAUGAAAAGGCGGCCCAUAAAAAUGAAUGCUCCGCCGAAAAUAUCCUUGAGAAAAAAUCAUCCUCUCAAAAUAGGCCUCUGACUAACAGUAGCCACAGCAUUACCAAGCCAUGCUUGAAUCAGGCGCAAGGUCACCAUUGGCUUAUCCCAGUUAUGUCUCCAUCUGAGGGAUUGGUAUACAAACCGUACCCCGGGCCUGGGUUUGCGGGCCAACCUUGCAACCUGCCGGGUGCGAGUGCAAUGGUGUCUAACUUUUUGGGCCCACCCUAUGGUGUACCUCCGCUACCACAGUAUCACUUUUCCCCUUUCCCUCAUUUUGGCUAUUACGGCAUGCCUGUUAUGAAUGCAGGCACAGGCCCGCAUGUGCCAGCUUAUGAUCCGGGUGUCCAGCCUGGCGCAGGCCAAAGCAAUGGGCCUGUGUCCGAGGGUAUUGGAGUGCAGGCUAGUACGGGUAGCAGUCCGAGUGAGAAACAGGCUGGUGAAGGGCAAAAUGUGCUCUCGCUUUUCCCGGUGGGCCCGAGUAUUGGUGCUGGUGCACCCAACUCAGCUUCUCAGGAUUCGGGCCCGAGUAGGGUGAUCAAGGUUGUGCCACGAAAUGGAGUGUCUGCAUCUCAGCAUGCUGCAAGAAUAUUUAUGUUGAUACAACAAGAAAGGGGACAGUUCGAUUCAGUGUGA